GCAGCGUCCCUUCCUGAAAAGACAAUUUAAAGAAGUGAAUUGUGAAAAGCUGACCACUUGCUUCUAUCUAGCAAACCCAACUAAGGAGGAGACCCUAGCUAUGGGCCCUGGCGAUUGGGCCAGGAUGGAGCUUGUUUUGUUCUAAAGUGCGACAUGAGCUCUGAGCAGCGUGCUAUGGAUGAGAAGGCGAGCGAGACUGGACAGAGAUACAGCACUGUACCCGUUUUAAAGCGCCAGAGACCCAUCCAGCCUUACAUCUGCUCCACUCUAGAUGAUUUUCGGGAAGAGAGAGACUUCUUGGCCACCAACAUCUUUCCCCGGCUUAACGACCUCUGCAGCCCCCGGGGCACCUACUUCAAAGCCGUGGACCUGAGGUGGUCGGCCCUGAAGGCCCACAAGUCCUUUUCCAGCAACCUGUUCCGACAGUACGCCUGUCUCCACUCCCAGCACCUGAAGCUCUGCCUGGAUUACGUGGACAGCUGCUUUCCCUUUUUCAUCUGCCUUCUGGGGCAGAGCUACGGAGACUUCCUCCCCGACUACUCGCCUUUCCUGUUCACCAAAGUCAAGGACUUUGCAAGUUUAUCUAAGGGAGAGCAGAAUCUCUAUGUUGCCGCCAGAAAUGGUUAUCCGUGGGUCCUGAAGACUCCCAACUGCAGCCUGAUAGAGUUCGAGAUCAUCCAUGCAGCGUUUCGGAAGGAAUCACAAUUUCAGUUUUUCUACUUCCGGACCUCGAACGCGCUGCUGAGGACUUUCAGCGAGGAAGAGGAAGAAUUGGUGUCCCCGGCCUCUCUGUUGAAACACGAGGGGAAACUAAAGGUUGGCAAGCUCAAGGCGAGGAUCAUUGGUAAAGGACUUCCUGUCAGAUUCUACAGGGACCUAGACGAGUUGGGUGAGCUGGUCUUCAGGGACUGGUCGGCCGUUGUGGAAAAGCUCCACCCAGACACCAUGAUCAUGGAAAACAUAGACUACAAACACAGUUUUGAGCACUUGUAUCACGAAGAGUUUGCUGAGAAGUGCGAGCAAGUGUUUGUUAUUUCCAAGGAGUCCAACAGAACCUUCGAAAUCCUGGAAAAAUUUGCCUUAAAGGACUUUGAAUUUGAUUGUGACGGCACCAUAGCAGGCUCUGAGUUAGAUUCCGUUCUCAGAAUAAACGCUCUUCCGACCUAUAAGUCUAUUUUGCUCUUGUCUGGGGAACGUGGCUGUGGGAAGUCCACUCUGAUCGCCAACUGGGUCAGUUAUUUCAAAAACAAAUAUCCCGAAGUGCUGAUGAUCCCGUACUUUGUGGGAAGCACAUGCGAGAGCUGUGACAUCAUGUCCGUGAUCCACUACUUCAUCACGGAGCUGCAGCACAGAGCCCACGGCCCCCAGCUUGAAAUGGAUUUUCUUAAUGAAGACUCAAAUGUCUUGGUCUUCUCACUUCUUGUAGAAGUGUUCAUGGCCUCCAUCAGCUUAAAGCCAUGCAUCCUUGUGCUAGAUGGGAUUGAAGAGUUGAUUGGCAUCUAUGGGAUUUCAGGUCAGAAGGCGAAAGAUUUUUCCUGGCUGCCGCGCUCGCUCCCUCCUUGCUGUAAAUUCAUUCUGAGCACAGUCUCCUCCAGUCUGUCCUGCAAGUCGCUGUGCACCCGCCCUGACGUGAGGACCGUGGAACUCUCCGCCAUGGGAGAUGAAGACAUGAAGUUCAGCAUCUUCAGACAGCACCUCUCCCCUACUGACCAAGAGCGCUUUGGGCAGAACAGGCCUAUCUUGAGGAAGAAACCAAACCUGACCCCUCUGAAGCUGGCUGCCAUUGCCAGCGAGCUUCAGGAAUGCCGGAUCUACCGCAAUGAGUUCCAGUGUCUGCGGGAGUACCUGGAGGUGGCCUCUGUGCAGGAGCUCUGGGAGCUGAUCCUCAAACGCUGGGUUGAAGAUUACGGCUGGAAUCUGAAGCAGAAAGAGGCAAACUUAGACACUAUCACUCCAGGAAAAGGGUUGAGUGGCUGGGUGGCAGAUGUCCUGUGCUUGCUCUGCAUCUCGCACUGCGGGCUGACUGAGGACGAACUGCUGCAGCUUUUGGACAUGCUGGGCUAUAGGAACCACCAGCAAGUGACGGCAGUGCACUGGGCAGCCUUCCGCAAUGCCACCAAACACUGGAUCCUGGAGAAGCCCAGCGGCCUCCUCUACUUCGGGCACCAGUCCCUACGGAAUGCCGUGGAGCACAAGCUGCUGGGCGUAAUCACUCCGGUCAGAGAGUGCAGCCCAAGCGUGGCCCAGAACACCAUCAACCACAAGAAGGCCCACUUCCACCAGGUCCUGGUGAGGUACUUCCAGCGGCAAACCGUUUUCUGGAGAGUGUAUGAGGAGCUGCCGUGGCACAUGAAGAUGAGCGGGUGUUGGGAAGGCCUAUGCAGCUUUAUCACCAGCCCGGGUAUCACAGAUUUCAUUUCGAAAAUCCAAAACCCGAGCUUGUGGACCAGGCUGCAUCUCAUCCACUACUGGGCUGUGCUACUGGAGGCCGGCAAUGACGUAGCCGAGGCUUUUCUGCUCUCCGUUGCCAAGAUGGAAACGGAACAUUACCAGAAAAUAAAGAGGCGACCCAUGCUCUCAGUGCUGGAGUGCAGCCUCUCCCAGAUUAAUGCUGCUGAUAAAUGCAGGAUGAUACUCUUUGUUGGAAGUUUCCUGAAGCUCAUGGGCAAGAUCAGUGAAGCCGAGAGGCUGUUCCUGAGUGUGGAGGAAAUGUUACUGAAGAACCCAUCCAUGACAGAAAUGCUCCUGAAAGCUCAGAAUGUCAUUGGAGAAUUAUAUCUUGAAGUCGGGAUGACUCAGAAAGGACUCAUAUACUUUCAGAAAGCUUGGUCAAAUCUGCUGCAGUUCACACUCAGUGACCUAAAAAUCAGCUCGGAGCUGAUGAAGCAGAAAGUCAAGGUGAUGAAUAACCUGGCAAAAUCGGCGCCGGAGGAAUUCUUAAGAGAAAACCACAUUUUGGAAUAUGCCAUCGAAGUCUCCAAGUUCAUGACUGAUAAUACCCGUGAUCAAGCUACCAUGAAAUAUACUGAAGGUGUUCUUGUGUUGGCUGCUGGAAACGUGGCCCUUGCAAAAGUGAAGUUUCAAGAGUGUUUGAAUAUCAGAAGACGUCUAUUUGGCAAUAGAAACAUACUGGUUGGAGAAGUUAUGGAAUUUUUAGCAGAUUUGCUAUUUUUUUUACUAGGAGAUAAUGAAAGAUCUCAAAGGAAGCAAGCGAUUGAAUACUAUAAACAAGUAAUAAAAAUCAAGGAGAAAGCAGAUAGCGUGGCCACCUGCAAGCUUGUCAGGAAGCAGCUGAGCAUAAGCCUAAGCGACACUUUGUGUAAACUAGCAGGCCAGCUGCUGUCAGGUGGCUUCUGUCAUUAUUCCAUCAUGGAGGCAGUCAACUACUUGUAUAGGUCACUUGAUCUAAGGGCAACACACCUGGGGUCUUCACAUGCUUCAAUCCAAGGGAUACUGCAACUUCUAAGGGAGAUCCAGAGGUUCCGGGGCAGGAGGUGUUGGCCUCAAGGCAUGAGCCAGCUGUACCAGGAAGGGUCUAAGAAUGGCUCGCUCUCAUGGGAGACCUUACCGAAACUAAACUUCCGCAGCGCUCAGAGCUCUGACACGGUGAACACUGCAGUGUGCAUGAAACUGAGUCAGUUGCAGAGACCUAAAAGCACCGAACCUUCUCUGGCUUCAGAUAAACCGAAGUACGCUCCCGGCAAAGGGAAGAAGACCUUGACUCCCAUUCUGUGCCUGUCUGCUGAGGAAAAGAGCCAGCACAAGGUGCAAACCCCUCAACUGUGGCAUGUUCCGAGAAAGCCGACUUCAAGGAAGAAGAGAGACGGUCCCAUUAAGCCGCUAUGUCUUGGUGAAAAGAAUGGCGUAGUAAGACUUUCGAGGCAAAGGAUUUUUUCUGCUGAAUGUGAGAGUGGGGACAACUUAAUCACCGCAAUUUACCAUCAACCCCUGCGAGCACCUCUCAGCGCAAACAGUCCUUGGGAGUCCAUAUCUGAGCUCAUAUCAGAAAAAUGGCUUUUUCACAGCCCGCAGUACAGGUUCUUGCCUCAGAAGCCGGUUUUGCCAAGAAGAUCUCAAAUAGAAUCAAAAUGGAUGAAGAUCUCAAAUGACACUGAUAAGGAAUAAAAAUAAUUUUGGUCUCUUUUGUACUUAAGUUUUUCUUGUUUCUCU